GAAGUUAAGUCCCUACCUUUAGUCAAAAGUGAUUUAUGACCCCCCAUAAAACAAUGAUUUAUGACCCUCAAGGUCAAAGGUCAAUGAUUUAUGAGGGGUCAAGUUCAAAGGUUAAUGAUUUAUGAGGGGGUCAAGGUUAAAGGUCAAGGUUAAAGGUCAGGUUCAAAUGUCAGGUUCAAAUAUCAAGGUCAAGUGGGUGUGGCUUACCCGGAAGAGGGUGGAGUUAAGACCUGCGGUGGGAGUGGUUAAACCAGGAAGAGGGUGGAGUUUUAAACAGAAAGAGGGCAGAGUUAAGACCUGCGGUGGGAGUGGUUAAACCAGGGAGAGGGUGGAGUUAAGACCUGACAGGGAACAGAGGAGGGUUCAGUUUUUUUAAGAAAGCAAUGUCAUCUGAGCAGCAUGUGACCAUAUAUUUGAUAGUUUAAAUGUUUACGAUCGUUUGAAACAACUUCCAGAUUUCGAUGUAUUGAUGGCUGGGAAUGUUACGUGUGGAGAUGUGGACACGCACGCACUUCACACACACACACACACACACACACACACACACACACACACACACACACACACACACACACACACGAGGGGUACAAAAGGGCAGUGUAAGGCUUAGUCAUUAUUUGGAGCUUUAUACGUUAGCGUAAAGACUUUGUUCGAUUCGGUCAUGAUUAGUGAAACGCCUGUUUCGAUUUAUAAAAAUAAUAAAACUUACAUUGACGCUCCGCAAAAAAGUCGAGUGUUUCUAAAUCGUAUUCAGAUGCCGCCGACCGAAUCUUUGCGUGAGAAAUGGGAUUUGGAAGGGGAGGGAUCUUUUGGAUUUGUAUUCAGAUACGAAAUGGGGGAUAUCUGCUUAUUUCAGCUAAAAGAAAGAAGAGACGGAAGCCCUUUCUCGAUAUUUUCAUCGUUAUCUAUCGUGGAUUGGGAAGUUUUUGGUGGACACGCACACACACGCACACACACGCACACACACACACACACACACGCACGCACGCACGCACGCACGCACGCACGCACGCACGCACGCACGCACACACGCACACACGCACACACGCACACACACACACACACACACACACACACACACACACACAUUCGUACGCACUGAAACAACUUCCGUACCUCACGAAAACAUAUUUAAACAGAUGGAAAAAACUAUCGCAGAACACAGUGUCACGUAGCAACUGGUCUUUACGGUCGUUUGAAACAACAGGUCAGUUUGGGGGACAAAAGGAGGGUUCAGUUUUUACUGACCUCCCAUCUGACAGUUUAAAUGUUUAUGACCGUUUGAAUCAACAGGUCAGUUUGGGGUACAAAGGAGGGUUCAGUUUUUAUGGGAGCUUGAGAAUUUCGUAUGAAUAGAAACUGGCCACCCAUUUGACCGUUUAAAUGUUUACGACCGUCUGAAACAACUUCCAUACCUCACGAAAACAUAUUUAAACAGAUGGAGAACUAGAGCAGAACACAGUGUAACCGCGAUUUGCAAAAUGAAAGUCGAACAUCGAGUUGAAAUUCACCCACCACCAAGGGAUCUCCUAACAGAGUCUCCAAUCCUUUUGUCCGAUGACGACGAAGUGAAAGACGAAGAACUUUGUUUGAUCGAUCUUACAAAGUUGGAAGAUGAUUAUCGAGAGGAUUCGCCGGAAGAGACCAACGCGAUCCCUUUAACCCAAUCGCAGUCUGAUUUUCCGUUUACAUCUCUUGCUCACUGGUCUCCCUUAACGCUGGAGGGUCCGUCAACGGCCAUUCCAGGCAGAGAAGGCUUGAUUGCGCCAAAGACUCCAGACAUCGAAUCCUUGCUCCGUGGGGAAAUCAUCGAAAACGACGGUGAAUGUCCAACAGGCACCCGCUGCAACAAACGCAGGAGGAAGCGUAGAUGCGCCCGCCAGCUCGACAAACAUGAUAGAAACAGAAGAAGGCUGAAACAGUACUAUCGUAUACUGGCUCGCACUCUCAUGAAGAUGGCAGACAUGAUUUGAUACAUACUGGUUUGUUAUAUCUGUUCCAUUCGAAUUAUUUUUUCUUUUUUUUCUUUAGAGAAAUAUAAUGGGUGUAGUUCCAUCUGAAUUAGAUGUAGUUAUUGAAGAAGAUGAAGACGUUUGUAAUCAUCAUUUAGAUCCAAACAACCAGAUAGAAUGGGAACCAAACAAUGAUCCGUCUUUGCAAGAUGAUAUUAAUGUGUUAAAUUCAAACACAAACACACAAGCCUCUACACAGCAUCACGAUGUGUUGGGAGGGGCGACACCCUCGGGGGAAUGUUUGGAUUUUUCGGAGGUGGUGGGGGUCAUGCAGAACCAACCGUCAACGGCUGACCAAUCAAUUUCAAAUGAGACCCAGAGGGGUGAUGGGGUAAAUGUCUUGAGGAGGGAAACAUUCAACAAUAUACAACUAUCCAGCGUUUUAACUUUUCCUCAAAACAACGAUGUAACAGAUUACGCCACAUUUUACCGCGGAGUCUUGGGGAGCCUUAAAAAGCUGACACAGAUGGUAACUAAGGAAGCUAGACCCGGCGAUAUCAUUCAAUUGGAGUUAUCCGGUGAAAGUGCAAAUCAACACACUUCAUUUACAUUUCGAAACGAUGCCGGGGCUGUGAUGAAUGCUUUUCAAGAUGUGUUAGAUCUGUUGGUACAAUCAAACGUUGAAAUAUUGAACGAUGAAGAAAUACAGGUGAUGGUCCAGGUGAUACAUAACCCUCGAGGUGGUGUAAGAAGAAAAAUCGAAACCCUUUUGGAACAUGAAAUCCGCAGAAAAAAAGCUCGUUAUCUUUACAAUCCAUUAAACUCGAAUAAUCAACUAUGUUUUGCCAUUAGCCUAGCAAGUCUGUUACAUCCUGAAUUUACAGAUAGCCAGGCUGUGGCGGAGGCUGAAAAAAUACAGAGAAAAGCGGGCUUAGACGAACAGACUUCCGUCACUUUCAGUCAUAUUCGUGAAUUUGAAAAAGUGGUACGUCGUAAAAUUGUCAUACUGUACAGAGAAGAGGGCCAACGACCCCUCUCACGGUUCGAGACGGAUUACCCCAAAUCAGAAAAUCCGUUGUAUCUGUAUUUAUCUCAGAAUCAUUACAGCGGUAUCAUUAACAUUAAAGGUUUUUUGUCAAAACCGCACGUUUGUCACUACUGUUACCAAGGGUACGACAAACCCGACAGACACAAAUGCGACGGCUAUUGCUUGGUCUGUACACAAAACGGGUGUGUAAAAAUAGAGGGGAAAACUGUGCUUUGCAGGGAUUGCAACAUGUGGUGUCGUUCUCCUGCAUGUCUCCUCAGACACAGGGUAAAACACCGGGUUAUGGAAAAACUCGUCAGCAACUGCGAUCGGCGAAAGAAAUGCCUUAAAUGCAACCUAUUUUACGAUGUACCUGUGGCUACAGGUAUCGCUAAACACACGUGCCCUAAGUUAAAAUGUCAAAUAUGUAAAGAAGAGCUACCUCGCAGUGACUCAGAGACACCUGAAACACGACAUCUUUGCUAUAUACAACCCCAACCACGUGAAGUAAACCACAAUGAUAAUAUCAUAUUCUAUGAUUUUGAGACGUUUGUCGAUGACAAUCACACUCACAUUCCCUUUCUAGUCUGUACCAAGACGCUGCAAGGAGAAGAGUGGUGUGCUUUUGGACUGGAUUGUGUUACAGUUUUCCUCAAUCAUUUCAGGAAACCUCGUUAUCUUAAAUCUACAUUUAUAGCCCACAAUUCGAGAGGAUUUGACGGUUACUUGAUUCUGAGAGGCAUGGUACGGCUGGGUAUAGCACCCUUAAUUAUCAUGCAGGGGAGUAAAGUUCUCUGUUUUAAAGACCCUGAUUUUUUGCAAAAAUACAUUGACUCGCUUUCCUUCCUUACCAUGCCGCUUAGCGCUAUGCCAAAAGCGUUAGGACUCGGUGAUUGCUGGUCCAAGGGGUAUUUUCCUCACAAAUUUAGUUCGGAGGAACAUUUAAAUUAUGUCGGAAAAUACCCCGCAAUCAGCAAUUACGGUGUAGAACGCAUGACACCUGUUGAACGCACCAAGUUUGAGACGUGGUAUCAAAAUGAGAAAAGCGAGGUCUUUGAUUUUCAAAAACAAGCGGUACACUACUGUAAAAACGACGUCAAUGUUCUUCGUGAGGGUUGCAUCAAAUUUAGAGCCGAGUUUACGAGCGAGACGGGUGUUGACCCCUUCUCCCGUAUCACCAUAGCCUCGGCCUGCAUGAAGGUGUUUGUGACUAAUUUCCUCGAGCCGCGUUCUCUAGCCAUACCUUCCCCGGAUAACUACCGAGGGUUGUGUAAAAAAUACUCACACACCAGCAUCCAAUGGUUAGAAUGGGAGUCGCAUCGUCGUGGUAUUUUCAUUCAGCAUGCUUUAAACAAAGGCGAAAAACAGAUGGGGGCAUACUUUGUGGAUGGGUUUGCUAUAAUCGGUGGCAAACCAUUCGUCUGGGAAUUUCAGGGGUGUUUUUAUCACGGAUGCCCGACGUGUUUCGAACCCGGUGCUGUAUGCCCUUUGACAAACACACCGUUCGAGGAGUUGCACAAGGCUACCGAGAAAAAAAUGAAAGCGUUAAAGCGUGACCACAAGGUCAACAUCAUCGUCAUCAGAGAGCACGAGUGGAAUGAAAUGAAAAAAUCAAACCCUAGGGUAAUAGACUUUCUCAAAACACGCAAUUACCCCGCACCUCUCAUGCCUCGAGACGCUCUUUAUGGAGGUAGGACAAGCGCCUUUUGCUUGAGGCACACGGCGGGUGAGAACCAGCGUGUAUUGUAUGAGGAUGUCACCUCUCUCUACCCGUACGUCAACAGCGCAUUUCCUUACCCCCUGGGUCAUCCUGUCAUCAUCCACACGGAUUUUGACGAUGUUGGAAACUAUUUCGGUCUGGUCAGAGCCGUUGUUCACCCUCCUCGAGGUCUCUAUUUCCCUGUGCUACCCUACAGAACGGUCAAGGGUAAACUAGUGUUUACACUUUGCCGCACAUGCGCAGAAAACAAUAACCAGCAGGAACCCUGCGAACAUGAUGAGGAAGGAAGGGCAUUGACGGGAGUCUGGGUCACGCUCGAAUUCAACAAAGCUUUACAGUUGGGAUACAGAGUCGGUAAGAUUACGGAGGUGUGGCACUUUGAAGAACGGAGCGAAACCGUUUUUACGGGUUAUGUUCAAACUUUCCUAAAGGGUAAGCAAGAAGCUUCAGGGUAUCCCAAAGAAGCCGUCGAUGCAGAAAGCAGGGAAAAGUACAUUCGUGAAUAUCGUGAAAAUCAGGGAAUACAGCUGGAUGCUGAAAAAAUCGAACCCAACCCUGCCAAGAGACAAAUGUCAAAACUCUGUUUAAACAGCCUUUGGGGAAAGUUUGCGGAGAGGUGCAAUAGAACUCAGACCACCUUGGUGAGAAAAAGUGAAGUAUUUUUCGACUUUGUAUUUUCAGGAAAAUAUCAGGUUGAAUAUUUUUCCUUUCUCAACGAGCAAAUUGCUAUGGUGCAAUGGCAAUACAGUAAAAACAGCGUGGUGCUUCCCGGUAACACAAAUAAUGUAUUUGUCGCUGCUUUUACCACCGCUUACGCACGUUUGAAAAUGUACGGUUACCUAGAGGGGUUGCAAGAGAGAGUUCUUUACACAGACACCGAUAGUUUAAUCUACACGGUAAACGAGGGGGAAGUUUCUCUGGAGACGGGGUCCUAUCUAGGCGAUUUGACGGAUGAGUUGGGAGGAGACAGCAUUCACGAAUUCGUCUCCGCCGGUCCAAAGAGUUAUGCCUACCAUACCCUGCAGGGUAAAAAAACUGUGCUGCGUGCCAAAGGAAUCACUCAAACCCGCGAGUGUUGUGAGAGGGUCAACUUUGACAGCGUUAAAGAUUUGGUGGAGGGCUAUCUGGAGGAAGACAAAACAGGUGCGAUCUACACCCCUCAUCACCAAAUUGUUCGUGAUAAAAGGGGGUUCCUUUUAAAUAACUCGUCUUUCGAAAAAAAGUUUCGAGUGGUGUAUGACAAAAGACGUCUCUUUCCCGACGGGAAAACUUUACCUUUCGGGUAUUAGAGAGGAAAUGGAAAAAAUGGAACGAGUAGACUUUGAUCCCAGAUUUCAUACACCUUUUUCAUGCCUGGUUGUAGGACCUAGUGGUUGCGGAAAGACUUUUUUUGUAAAAUGUGUAUUGGAAAAUUGUGAACACGUCAUGAAUUCUAUACCCGACAACAUUGUGUGGAUUUAUACAUCUUUCCAACCCAUGUAUGCUGAAUUAAAAAAGAUGAAUAAAAAAAUAAAAUUUGUUGAA